AUGAUUUCUAUUCGACUUCAAGGAAAACCAACGAACUUAACAAUAAUACAGAUCUACGCACCAACUACAGAAGCAGAAGAAUCAACAAUCGAUGAUUUCUACAUGGAUUUACAACAAAUACUCGACGAUGUUCCAAAGAAAGAUGCCAUCCUGAUAAUUGGUGAUUGGAAUGCAAAGGUUGGCAAAACAGCAGUACCUGGUAUAGUUGGAAAAUUUGGUGUGGGAAAACGCAAUAAAGCAGGUGAGAGAUUGCUUGAUUUCUGUCAAGAAAAUCAUAUGAUCAUCACCAAUACAUGCUUUCAACAACCGAAACGACGACUAUACACAUGGACAACACCAAAUGGACAACAUCGAAAUCAAAUUGAUUAUAUUCUCUGCAAUAGACGAUGGAAAAGCUCAAUAACAUCAAUCAAAACACGACCAGGAGCUGACUGGGGUACUGACUACGAACUCUUGUUAGCGUGUUUUCGAAUCAAGCUCAAACAACAUCACAAAUCAACACAAACAGCAAAACCCGAUCUACAAAACAUUCCGUACGAAUACAAGAAAAGACGAGAAGCUAAAGCAAAUGGAAACAGACAAGCCUUCACAAAACUUAAUGCCGAUUUUCAACGUGCAGCAAGAAAAGACAAAGAAAAACAAAUUAUGCAAGAAUGUGAAAAAGUAGAAGAAUACAACAAGAAAGGUAUGACAAGAGAUUUAUUCAAGAAGAUAAAAUAUUUCCGUGGACAAUUUAUACUCAGAAAUGGCACCUUAACAGAUCAAAAUGGUAAACAUUUAACAAAUGGUGAUGAAAUCAAAAACGAAUGGAAACAAUACACCGAGGAACUAUACAAGAAGGAAACCAAUGGUACAGGAAAUUUGGAACUCGACGAUUAUGAACUGGAACCAGAUAUUUUGGAAAGCGAAGUUAAAUUCGUCAUGGAAACAUUAGCAAAUGGAAAAGCACCUGGACAUGAUGGUAUUCCAAUUGAAUGUUUCAAGACAAUUAAAGAAGAUGCAAUUGGCGCCAAAUGUAGCCAAGCAUUAGAUCAAUUUAUGAGACGAAAUAAUGAAGUCAUGUUGCAUGAAUUAGCUAAAAAAUUAUGUAAUCAAUGUAAAUUAACUGUUUUCACCAGCACAAUCUCACGUUAUUUAAAUCGUCUUCAAUAUGAAAAUUGUUUACCAUUAAAUACUUCAAUGCUCAUACAAGAACAUAAAGAAUGUUGA